UGCAGAAACCACCUUUUAACCAAGCCGUCCCAUCGCUGUUCUUCAUCUUUUCGCAUCUCCAUUCUGCAGCUGCUUAGAUCGAUCGCGGCGUCCCAGAUACCAUUACUCUGAUUACAUAGUCAGUCACUUGGUGGAGAGCAUACUCUAUCGUUUUCGUCAAGCAUUUCUCUUCAUCUUUACUCGAUCGAUCAGACUUGCAUUCAACAUGUCGCCGCUCCUGCCUCUCGCCGUGUACGGCUUGGAGGUCCCUCCGGGGGACGUCCUCGUCCCUGCUGCGAUCGAGUUCCCGGCAACUAUCCGCAUCACCAUGGCGGCCAUCGACCCCGCCGCUGAGCCCGAGACUGACGGCCAGGGCAAUGUCCCAUCAGUUCCUCGCUCGACCUUGAAGUUGUACAAGGUGAGCGCUGAUGAAGACGAGGACGAGGACUAUCUAGAGAGGCUCCUCGGGGGUGGCGACGAUGAUGACGAGGACUCCGACUCCGACGAUGAGGAAGUCAACGGCGGCCCCAGCGACCCGUCCAAGUCCAAGAAGGCGCGCCGCGAGGCCGCCAUCAAAAAGCUUCUUGAAGCUACUAAAGAGGGCUCUGAUGACGAGAUGGAGGAUGCCGACUCAAAGCCCAAUGGCGCAAAGAACAAGGGCAAGGCCAAGGCUAGCGACGAGGACGAGGACAGUGACGAGGAGAGUGAAGAGGGCGACGACGUCAACAUGGAGCAGUUCGUCGUCUGCACUCUCGACACUGAGCGCACUUACCAACAACCUAUUGACAUUACUAUCGCCGAGGGUGAGAAGGUAUUCUUCGGCGUCAAGGGUACUCACACCAUCUACCUGACCGGCAACUACGUCGUUCCCGCCGACGGGGAGGAGGACGACGAUGAAGAAGACUCGGAUGACGGGUAUGACCUCCCUCCGGGCAUUGACGACGUGGCCGACGAGGACUCGGAUGACAUGAGCGAUGAGCUGGAUGAGAUCGACGGUGCGGAGCGGAUCAAGGAGAUCGACACGGAUGAGGAAGAGGCGCCUAAGCUUGUCGACACCAAGAAGGGGAAGAAGCGGCCCGCCGAGGAGGAGGCUGAGAACCUCGACGAGAUGAUGGCCAAAGACGAGAAGAAGCUGAGCAAGAAGCAGCAGAAGAAGCUCAAGAACAACCAAGGCGAGGCCGUCACCGCUGAGGCCAAGGCCAAGGACUCCCCGGCCGCCAAGGGUGAUAAGAAAGUUCAGUUUGCCAAGAACUUGGAGCAAGGCCCGACCGGUCCUGCCAAGGACAAGGCGGAAAAGGCCGACAACAAGGGUGACAAGAAGGCCACUCUCGGCGUUAAGGUCGUUCAGGGUGUCACCAUCGACGACCGCAAGCUCGGCACUGGCCGUACCGUCAAGUCUGGCGACAAGGUCGGCAUGCGGUAUAUUGGCAAGCUCCAGAACGGCAAGGUCUUUGACUCGAACAAGAAAGGUGCGCCGUUCACCUUCAAGGUUGGCAAGGGCGAGGUCAUCAAGGGCUGGGACAUUGGCAUCGUCGGCAUGUCCGUCGGUGGUGAGCGUCGUCUGACCAUCCCUGCCCACCUCGCCUACGGCAGCCGUUCCAUGCCCCAAAUCCCGGCAAACAGCACCCUCAUCUUCGACGUCAAGCUGCUCGAGAUCAAGUAAACAUCUGGUCAUACAUUAUGAGCACCUA